UAUCAGAUAAAACACGACGAAGACGAUCCUCAUCAUCCCUCCUCUCAGCAUCAUGAAGACUCUCUGCUUCUCUCUGGGACUGCUGCUGCUUGCAGCCUGCUGCUGUGAUGCCAUCCCGAAAGGCGUGAAGUUCAGCACAGCUCCUGGAACCUGCUGCUUCAACUUUAAAAUAAAUGCAAUACCGGUGAAGUUGGUGUCCUU